AUGUUACCGCUUCGCAAAGACCUAGUCCCUCGCAAGGGCCAACCGCCUGGAGCUGCUUGGAUCUGGGGCGAGGAAGACGAGCUCGGGCGGCUCAAUCUCCUUACACCCGAAAGAAUUCUGAAUGCAAUGAAGGAGGCGACACAGGGCCGAGUCGUGAACCUCAAUCUCCCCUUGGACCAGCCCUCUCCACCCAUGUACGGACGGGCCGCCUUUGAGCACAGACUUACGCAGGUUGCGCCUCAUGCCUUUGACGAAGUCUAUGUGGUCAAUCCACAGUCAAGUUCACAGUGGGACGGAUUCCAUCAUUUCUGUCAUGUCCCGUCUGGCUAUUUUUACAACCAGGUGUCCGCCAAAGAUAUAUACAAGGGCGGUCCGAAGCUCGGCGUGCAGGCGUGGGCUACACAUGGCAUCGCCGGCCGCGGUGUGCUGCUCGACUUCGGCAGGUACGCCCAAGCCAACGGUCUUCAAGUCAAAUACUUUGACAACUACAAGAUCUCCCACCAGACCCUGGUCGAGGUGGCAGCCAGUCAAGGCAUGAACCUGAAGCCCGAGAGCAUGGGCGGCGAUAUUCGCGUCGGGGACAUUCUCCUCGUCCGCACGGGAUUCCUGGAGCACGAGUCGUCCUUAAGCGACGAGCAAAAGGCGAAGAUGCACCUCCGGCGGCACGAAUUCACGCCCAACGACGGCCAACGCUACAUCGGGCUCGAGCAGAGCGAAGAAAUGCUCGACUUUCUGCACGAUUCGUACUUUGCCGCCGUGGCCGGAGACCAGCCUGGAUUUGAGGCCAUGCCGUCGGACGCUGGCUUCUACCUGCACGAACACCUCCUGGCGCUCUGGGGCUGUCCGAUCGGCGAACUCUGGGACCUCGACGCUCUUGCCUCCUGCUGCGCGGCCGACAAGAAAUGGACCUUUUUCUUGGCCAGUGCUCCCAACAAUGUCCGAGGCGGUGUUGGUAGUAUGGCCAAUGCGAUCGCCAUACUGUGA